GUUUGUGCACUUGGUCGACCGAAGGAUUGCAAACCCAGGAGACAAAAGUGUCCAGGGAGAUGCGGAGUUUGCCCAGAUUUCCCUGCGGAUGGCUGUGCGGAAACGCCUGUGAUGUGAACUUUCUGCAGAUCGUGUACGGAGUGAUCCUUCCUGCAGGAUGCGUUAAGAGAAGAGGGACCCUUACUCGUUAGGCAUGGAGAGCGGUUUGUCAGUUUCCGACAUGCCAGACCCACUGUCUUCGCCCUUGGAGAGACAGCAGAGCUCAGCGAACGGUAAUGGAGGGCUCGACUCAGAAGAAGGUUCAAGCCUGGAGGAAAUUGGCUUUAACUGGGGAGAGUAUCUGGAAGAAACGGGAGCCAGCGCGGCUCCUCACACGUCGUUCAAACAUGUGGAGAUCAGCCUUCAGAGCAACUUCCAGCCGGGGAUGAAAUUAGAAGUGGCCAAUAAGAACAACCCGGACACGUACUGGGUGGCCACCGUCAUCACCACCUGCGGCCAGCUGCUGCUUCUGCGCUACUGCGGCUACGGCGAGGACCGCCGGGCCGACUUCUGGUGUGAUGUGGUGAUAGCGGACCUCCACCCGGUGGGGUGGUGCACGCAGAAUAACAAGGCCUUGAUGCCCCCGGAUGCAAUCAAAGAGAAGUACACAGACUGGACACAAUUCCUCAUUCGCGAUUUGACUGGUUCCCGGACGGCCCCCGCCAGCCUCCUGGAAGGUCCUCUGCGAGGGAAAGGCCCUAUAGACCUCAUUACAGUUGAUUCCUUAAUAGAACUUCAGGACUCUCACAACCCUUUUCAGUACUGGAUAGUUAGUGUGAUUGAAAAUGUUGGAGGAAGAUUACGCCUUCGCUAUGUGGGAUUGGAGGACACUGAAUCCUAUGACCAGUGGUUGUUUUACUUGGAUUACAGACUUCGACCAGUUGGUUGGUGUCAAGAGAAUAAGUACAGAAUGGACCCACCUUCAGAAAUCUAUCCUUUGAAGAUGGCCUCUGAGUGGAAGUGUUCUCUGGAAAAAUCCCUUAUUGACGCCACAAAGUUUCCUCUGCCGAUGGAAGUGUUUAAGGAUCAUGCAGAUCUGAGAAGCCAUUUCUUCACGGUCGGGAUGAAGCUAGAAACAGUGAAUUUGAGCGAGCCCUUCCAUAUCUGUCCCGCAUCAGUGACCAAGGUUUUUAACAACCAUUUUUUCCAAGUGACUAUUGACGACCUAAGACCAGAACCUAGUAAACUCUCAAUGUUGUGCCAUGCGGAUUCUUUGGGGAUUUUACCAGUACAAUGGUGCCUUAAAAAUGGAGUCAAUCUCACACCUCCCAAAGGUUACUCUGGCCAGGACUUCGACUGGGCGGAUUAUCACAAGCAGCAUGGGACCGAGGAAGCGCCUCCCUUCGGCUUCAGGAAUACGUCAUUCAGUAGGGGUUUCACAAAGAACAUGAAACUGGAAGCCGUCAACCCCAGGAACCCGGGAGAGCUCUGCGUGGCCUCUGUGGUCAGUGUGAAGGGGAGGCUGAUGUGGCUUCAUCUGGAAGGCCUACAGACUCCUGCUCCGGAGUUUAUUGUUGAUGUAGAAUCCAUGGACAUCUUCCCAGUGGGCUGGUGUGAGGCGAAUUCGUACCCUUUGACCACACCGCACAAAACAGUCUCACAAAAGAAGAGAAAGAUCGCAGUCGUGCAACCAGAAAAACAAUUGCCAUCCACAGUGCCUGUUGAGAAAAUACCUCAUGACCUUUGUUUAUUCUCUCCCUUGGACACCACAGGUACUGUUAACGGGAAAUACUGCUGUCCUCAGCUUUUUAUCAACCACAGGUGUUUCUCGGGCCCUUACCUGAACAAAGGGAGAAUCGCAGAGCUACCUCAGUCCGUGGGACCCGGCAAAUGCGUGCUGGUUCUGAAAGAGGUUCUCAGCAUGAUAAUCAAUGCAGCUUACAAGCCCGGAAGGGUAUUGCGAGAACUACAGCUGGUGGAAGAUCCACACUGGAAUUUCCAGGAGGAGACACUGAAGGCAAAAUACAGAGGCAAAACCUACAGGGCCGUGGCCAAGAUCGUGCGGACGUCCGACCAAGUAGCGGAUUUCUGCCGGCGGGUCUGUGCCAAGCUGGAGUGCUGCCCAAAUUUGUUCAGUCCCGUGCUGGUUUCCGAAAACUGCCCAGAGAACUGCUCCAUUCACACCAAAACCAAGUACACCUAUUAUUACGGAAAGAGGAAGAAGAUCGUGAAACCCCCCAUUGGGGAAGCCAGCGUCGAGAGCGGACCCCCGAAGCCAGCCAGACGCAGGAAACGGCGAAAAUCCAUCUUCGUGCAGAAGAAGCGCAGGUCUUCUGCCGCGGACUUUGCCGCCGGCUCGGGGGAGGAGAGCGAGGAGGAGGAUGCGGACGCCAUGGACGAGGACACGGGGAGCGAGGAAACCGGCUCCGAGCUCCGCGACGACCAGACAGACACCUCUUCCGCCGACGUCCCCUCCACGCGGCCCCGGAGGGCCGUCACCCUGAGGAGCAGCUCGGAGCCCGAGCGCCGGCCGCCCGUGGAGAGGCCGCGAAGGGGCCGGAGGGCGCAGGCCGCCUCCUGUGCCGAGGGCGGGGAGCAGGGCGCGGCCGGCGGCCAGGACCCCGCAGAGGAAACAAAGCAAGAGGAGGAGGAGAGGCUGGUUCUGGAGAGCAACCCUCUGGAGUGGACGGUGACCGACGUGGUGAGGUUCAUCAAGCUGACGGACUGCGCCCCCCUGGCCAAGAUCUUUCAGGAACAGGACAUCGACGGUCAAGCGCUCCUGUUGCUGACUCUUCCCACGGUUCAAGAAUGCAUGGAGUUGAAGCUGGGGCCCGCCAUCAAGCUGUGCCACCAGAUCGAGAGAGUUAAAGUGGCCUUCUACGCCCAGUACGCCAACUGAUGUUGCCCUCUUGGGAGGUGACCCGUUCUCUUGGGAUGCGGCGUCCUGGGAAGGUUUCGAGACUGAAGCUUUACUUUGCUGGGCGACGCGCGAUGGUGCGUCUACAAGCCAGGGCCGAAAAGCAAGGAGCGUGGCGGACCUCUUCACCCCCCAGCCUGUUUGACGUUGCCGCGAUUUCAGGCCCGCCCGCUACCACAGCGGUGGCUUCUGGACAGCGUCAGGCGCUGGAGGGCACCGAAGAGCUUCUUUGUACGUCCGUGUCUCCCAUUUCUCCCGCCUGAGUCCAGGCAGCUCCCUGCAGACGCAUUUCCUAAACCACGGCCCCGCUUUGCUUUGAAAACCAAGGCAUAGCUGAUGUCUUUUUUGGAUGUGUCCGAGGAGGGCGCCUGGCUGGGAGGUUUUCUGCAGUCAUUACGGAUGCUUCUUCCACGGCAACGCACACGUGGCUUUCGCGGCAUGAAUGUCACCACGGUCUGAUCUUGGUGGCGGCUCAUUUCUCAGACGCACUUGCAGGCGAUGUUUCAGGAUGUGGUUACAGAAGGAUGGGCUAGACCGUACUCGCCCGGCAGAGGUGCUUUUAGGAAGGAGAGGCGAUGAAGUGGUUCUUCCUGAGCGACGGACAUCCGGAGCCUGUAGAGGGUUCCGUUUGCAGCCUUUUGUAGAACUUCACAUACUGCUAACGUUCUGAUUUAAUUGCGCCCACAUCAGGGAGUGACUCCUUUAGUCUGGUGGGAAAUGCUGAGCUGUGGACUGAAGGCAGAGCUUAAUGGCAGGAACGGGAAGAGACUUCGGGAGGCUUUGAAUAAACCAUCCCCUCAGAAGGAUCCUGUCCUGAAUCGCUUGAUGAGACUGGCUUCGAGCGCCCCUCCGAUGCGCCCGGCCCUGGGACGUCCCAGGAGGCGGGCGUUCCCCACAGGAAGCCGGCAGUGACCCGGCCCAGCCCCACUCUCCUUCCGCUGGCACGCCUGGCCACCAACUGCGAUCUCGGGUGACCGGAUCACUCUGGGACCCCUUGUCCCCAUCCUGCUCCUGCUGAGAGUCCCGAUCUGCCAGCACGAGACACACAGUAGGUGAAAAAGAAGCGUGAUCUCCACAACGUGGAGUGCUCCCUGCAGCCCGCCCUGGCUGGGAGGCUGCUGAUUUCUGGGGCAGUUUCCGUUAAAUCGGUUCAGUCCCUGGAAGAGAGAUCUCUGGCUCUGAGAAUUGGUUGGGUUUUGGUGACCAGCACCCCCUCUGUGUGUGUGCCCGUGAGGGACCCAGUAUGGUCACUCAAACCCAAAUGGACUGCUCCCCCCUGCCUUCCCCCCCCCCAACCCCCACACGCUGCAGCAGGUGUCCAGAUGCCUUUCGGAACGUGCGCGAGGAAAACUAAACCUUUAGACGUGUCCGGAGGCCGACACCGAGAGCAGAGGCUGCCCGCCCUUCGGUUACUCCUUUUUACCGUCCACCCUCCAUCUUUUCUCCUUGAUGAGAGUCUCAGCAGCGGGGGUGACCCCAUGCAGUGGGCUUCUCAGCCGUCAUGUGUCGGCUACGUUUUUAAGGCAUGAUUCUCUGUUGGAUUUCACAGAGUGUGGUGACUGACGCCGACCUUUGUUACGAAUAUUCUGUCCUGGCUACCAAUGCAGAUGGGAAACAUAUUUUGCAGGUGACUCUUCACUGUCUCCCCGUAGCUGAUUUUUGCCACCAAGUUUUAAACAUUUGGCAAGUGGCUCUGCCCGGGGCCCCGGGACGGAAGGGCCCCCCGCGUCCCAAGCCGGUGCCACUGGCGGUGUUGUUGGGACGGAAGCGUCCGCGCUGACUGGCGCUCGGCCUGCAGCCAGGCUUCUCUCUCCUGAGCUGAAGUGUCCCCCUCCUCUCGGUCCCCCGCCCCUGCCUUCUCAGCCACAUGCUUGCGGCCUUAACCGUGGCUCAGCCUGGGGCGCCCGCUGGAAAGGGUGUCCGUUGCGAGGUGUUUGGCGUUUUCGCCGCGCCGACUCGCUUAGGACCCUUCACCGUGGCCUUUUCAAGCCGAGCUGUUCCCAUUGCGCUUGGAACCACGAAGGCAUGUAGUGGCUGCAACGCGUCUUUGUACUUCCGGGGCGAAUGUGACCUUCUCGUGCCCUUUCAAGUAAGGGCAACAUGGGAACAAGCAGCUCCUUUCGGGCGUCUCUGCAGCCGCCCCCCCCCCCCCCGCCAGAGCUGGAAGGUCCUUCCGCUGUGGCCCGGGCAGGUCAUGGCCACCACUGCUGGGGGGGCCUCCUGCUCCCCGAGGGGCCAGAUGCCCAACACGCUCCUCGUCCUCAGUCUCUGUGCGGCGACCAGUCGCUUCACCCACCAUGGUUUUGCGAGUGAGCCGUAAGGACGACGGGGCUGGGGCCAGAGGCAGAAGACCCAGCCCUGGGGGAACCUUCACGAAGGUCGUGUCUGGGCCGCCCGCUGGCCCGUCGAGAGCCGGAAACAUUUUAGGACCAAGAAGAUGCUUUUGCCGGGAGUGUUGCCCACGUGCUCCUGAACUUGGCUGCUCUGGGGAUUGCCAGUGGCGGGUGUGGCCCACAUCAGUAGCGGUUUGGUUCCGGAAUGCUAAGGCGUCCGUUUCUCCGUAGGAUUUACCCACACCAGCUUCCGCCUCAUACCUCGGGCCAAUUUGCGAGGAACAUUUUACACCGUGUCGUUACUGUGCCUCUUACGGCAGGAAAUGCUGAUUUUACACCUCUUCCCCACGUGCCGCCACAGCCCCAAGCCUAACGUUUCUUGGUUGAAACACCCAACAGGCGAUACGCCUCCCUCCCUUCUCCCUCCCCAGAUGCUACAGUCGAUGCUCUGUCUCUUUGAUAAUACUUUGGGACCAAAGUCCCGCCCUCUGUGUGCCGGGGUCCUGCAUUACCUCCUGGAGCUGGCCGAGAAGCGUGUUCCCCUCCCGGCCACACGGACACUUUGCAGUCUGCACAGUGUGUGUAACUUGAGAAGCAGAAAUGCCACCUCGUCUUUCGUGGCGAGAGGCACCACGCGGUCCCAUCCAAAGACGAAUGGAGUUUGUUCAGCCCCCGCCUUGCCGACUGCAUUUGGACUGUGUUGGGGAAGCUCUCCACCCCCCACGACAAUAUAAACCUGAAAAGAGCAGGCUGGCACAGUGGAUGAACCUCUUUGCUUUUCAAAAAAAAAAAAAAAAAAAUUAAAAACCACCAAAAAACAACAACAACAAAAAAACGGAAACCGGUUUCCUUCACCGCGAAGUUGCAUAGUACAGAGAACUCACCCGUCACUUUUAAAAGUAAGUUCCUCUGAUCAAAGUUUGACUCGCACGCAGUGUGUGAGCUGCACGGCUACUACGGUUGCUUUUCCUUAUUUGAUCGUAUCUGAAAGAGCGUUUCCUGUGUUUGCUUUGAUUGGUUCCUCGGUAAAUUCAAAUGACCCAAGCCUUUGCCGCCGCCCCCUCUGACCCUUCCUGUGAUCUCUGGAGACUUGAUUUGGCUCUGUCUUUGAAGCUUGGUCUGAGUGCCCUAACUUCUCUCUCAGAAUUUUGAGUGUUGUUAUCAGGCACGUUCUGAGAUCUGCCUUUUAUCUUACACCAGACACCUUUCUAAAGAGCCGUUCUCCUUUCGUUUUGCAAGCACUGGGGGUUUUCAUACUUCUUUUGUAGAACGCCCAUUUCUGUACAUAGAACUAUAAAAACAGUAGCGUUGAAACCUUUGCUGUGGUUUGAGCAUCAUUGUCAUUUUUGGGUGAAGGUGGCGACCCGAGGGUCCACGUACUCUACUGUCUUUAGAACGCUGUGAUCGAGUGUGCAAUGAUUUGAAGGGAAGCGUAAUAAAUGAAGGUGUCUGUAGUUUUUAAGGAAGAAGACGUUGAAGACGUGUACAUAACGGCCCGUGUCUUUUGGUGCAAUAACUAAUCGCAAGGAAAAGUCCUGUUUGCAGCCCAAUGUUGUCAUGAUUCUCUUAAUCGUCUACCGUUCUUUUCCGUUUCAAAGUCUUCUGGAAAUUGCUUUAUCCCCUUCAACUCGGUUGAAUAUUUAAUCUGGUUCUCCUGGCUUUUAUCCCCAGAAUUGGUUUACAGGUAUCCCCACACACGGAUGCGAUAGAAUCGAAUCGUGCUAUAUCUGACCCACAGAAUUUACCCAAGACAUUGUCAUUGCUGACACGGGGCGCUGCUUGGGUGUUCGUUUAAAAGCCACCUGCGGUUCAGGUGAUAAAAAGAACCCAAGCAGUUUCCCCGGGCGGGUAGUCUUUCCGUCUUACUGACCUGUUCUCAGUGCGCCGGCGAGCACGUAGGUCUCUUGUGAACCAGCCCGGAAGCCAGGGCAGUGCUGCAGGUGGAUCUAAAGGCUACCCCGAAGGAAAAGGAGAGGCCUGGGACCAACGUUUGCCGGAAAAUCCGCUCGCGAUGGGGAAUUGGAGACGAUUUUUUUUUUUUUUUGAAACGACAGAAGAGAACAAAAUCAUCUCAUUUGUUGUUUAGAAUGGGAGGUAGCAUGCUAUCUGGAAGCAUAAACUGUUCCUAGUCGUGAAAGUCCAAAGUUCUUUUGCUGUUUUACAUUCCAGUUUGAGAAGCUUGUACUGAAAUUCGAUUCGUAUCUCGUGUGCCGUUCUGGUGUGUCCCAAGGAAAAAUUCGUGUUUUCACUUUGGAAAUUUGCAGGACAAAGGGCAUGUUGUUUGGUUUCCUGUAAGAUUGAAUUCUGUAUAUAUGUUUUCAUGUAAAUAAAUGAAAAUCUAUAUCAGAGUUAUAUUUUAAUUUUUAUUCUUAAUGAAAGAAAAGACCCUUUUUACUUGAAAAAAAUUGUAAGCCACAUUGUUAAUAAAGUACAAAUAAGUUCUA